UUGCAUUUCUCCACCAGCGGACUGACCAGGCCCCUCGCAGCCGCUACACGGUGCCCCCGAGCCGGGCUGAUUCCCACCACAGACCCGGCAGGUGUGACGGUGGUGGAGCAGCGGAGACCGGGGGGCAACAUAUCCCCCCUCUGGAAGCUGGAUUUACGGACUGCUCCGCGGGAGAGAGAAAAAAGCCCGGGCUGUGAUGAAACCCUAAACAAAUGUGUUACAGUGUUGAAGGAUGGACAGGGAGCUGGUUCGACCGAGCCAAUCAGAGCACGGAGAGGCCACCAAUGGAACCAGCCCUCAGACCUCCAGCGCCACGCCCGACUCCUCCACCCCGACCACCCCCACGCCUCCUCGGCUCACCCCCAACCCCAUGCUCCUGGACUCCCCCGCGCCCACGCUAACACCCACCACCUCCUCCCCUCCUCCCCCUCUCACCCCUGCACCCUCCGUCUCUGCCACCCAUGUGCCGAAGGUGGCGGCGGCGGCGGCAGCGGCGUCUCCCCACAUCCUCGUCCCUGCUCCCCCUAAACUCACCUCCACUGUGACCCCCGCCCUCCGCACCUACUCUCGCCCGAUCCUCCCCUCUCCAACCAGCGUCUCCAAAACAUCUCCCCCCACCCAAACCUCCUCCUCCACCUCCUCCUCCUCCUCUCUUCUCCCUCCGUCCUCCCCCUCCUCUUCCUCCUCCCCCUCCUCCCUCGCUGCAGCCAGCACGGCCUCCCCCCUCGCCUCCUCUCCGACUGCAACGCACAGCAACACCACCACGGCAACCAAGACCUCCCCCACCAGCCUGACCAAUGGGAACACAAGGCCUGUAUCCACGCCGACCUCCACACCAAUCACGCCCUUCCACACACCAGCCAGCCCACCUGGCAGACAGGUAUCACAGGCUCAUCCUGUGAGCACACCUGGUCUUGUGCGAGCCAAUCAGAGCCCCUCCCCCGUCAGGCAGAGGGUAUCCCAGCAGACAUUGCUCCUAGGGAAGGGUCUCAAAGGGUCUGGCCAAGACCAGGUGCUGCUUAGAGCUCAGAUGCUGAUUCUUACGUCUGCUAUGCGACCUGCUCCAUCCUCCUCUUCCUCCUCCUCCUCCUCCUCUUCCCUGUCCUCUAACCCUGCUUCCGCUCAGCUCCAGAGUCUCACCCUGAGGCCUCCUCCCCCCGGGGCCCUCACCAUCCCCCCCUCCCUCCGUCUCAAGCCCCCGUCCUCGGCCCCGCCUCCCCUCUCUCGCCCCCACGCCCCGCUCUUCCCCCCUCUCAGGCCGCGCCCGCAGCCCAGCACCACGGCAACGGAGAGCCCGACCACGCCCAGCCGCCACCUCUCCGUCCCACCCCCAACUCUCUACUCUCCGGUUCGAGCCGUCCCCCUGAGGCCCAGACUUCACUCUCCCAACGGUCACAGAGCAGCGUCGCCUCGGCAGAGCUCCGCCCUCCAACCCAUCGCUGCUGCUCCGCCCGGUCAGGCCCCUCCCAUCGGCAGGCCGCUGGCCGGACUCAAGAGCUGCCCGUUAUCUCAGACUGUUCUCGGUCCCGGCCAAUCGCAGCACAGCUCCUUGUCCGCUUCCUCCCACUUUGAGCGCUCGCCGUCGGCGGCGAGGCAGCUGCAGAUCAUCGCCCUCUCCUCCGGCCGCCAGCCUCAACCUGGAACCUACACCCACGCCGCGGUGCAGUCGCCGCCUCCAGUUGCAGAGCCGCCCGAGAUUUCCAGCCAAUCAAAGAGGACUUUGAGCGGUGACGACGUGCUUCCUCUUCCUCUGAACCCCUCGCUGCCAAAAACUCUGCCCUCACCUCCGGCUCUCCUCAGUCCGGCCUCUCCCCCGAGUCAGGCCGGACCUCAGCCACAGACUCUGGUCCAGAAGGCGGAGGUGAAGGAGAGCGAGGAGCAGAGGGAGAGGGGACGAGGACUGAGACCAGGAGGCAGAGACGAGGGGAGCGUGGGUAAAGACCUGAGGGUGGAGAAAGACGACCAAAGAGAGAAGGUGAAGGAGGAGAAACAGAGGCUGACGACCGAGAAGGAAACCAGCCCCAAGGAGCCGGAGGCUGAGGCUGAGGCUGAGGCUGAGGCUGAGGCUGAGGCUGAGGCUGAGGCCGGCAGAGAGGAGGAGCAGAUGGAGGUGACGGAGGAGGGCCAGACUGACGGAGACAGGAGAGAGGACGGCGAGGAGAAGAAGAUGGAGGAGGACGAGGAAGCAGAGACCGCCAUGGACCAGUCUGAGAAGCUGAGCGGCCAGGUCCUCCAUCAGCACCAGAGCACAGAUCCCAUCCCUCCGCCUGAUCCAGACUCCAACAUGGACAUCAAACCCAUCCCAGGUCUUAUUCCAGCCUCAGCUCCAGCCCCGACCUCAGCUCCAGUCCCAGUCUCAGCCCCAACCCCAGUUCCGGUCCCGGUCCCGGUCCCAGUCCCUGUUCCAGUUCCAGCCCCGGUCCCGGCUCCAGUCCCGGCUCCAGUCCCUGAGGUCUCUGUCCAGAGUCAGAAGCUGCCAGAGUCUCAUCGAGACCUGCAGCCUGUCAGUCAGGAGGACUUCUGUGAGAACAUGUCGACCCAGUCCGACAACCAGUCAGCCCUGUCCAGCCUCUCCUCCCAGUCUCCCCCCUCCUCACCCUUCAUCACCCCCUCAGCAGAAAACCCUCCCCCGCUCCUCCCGGCUCAGACCGCCCACCCGACCGACCUCAGCCUGUCGCAGCACGAGCCCGACAAAGACGACAAGGAGGUCGACGAGCCGCCGCAGUGCCCGGCCGAGCCCGAGCCCCGGUCGGAAGACGAGGCCGAGAGCUUCGGCCAAUCGCUGGGCGGCCCCUGGGAGCCGAGGGCGUGGCCCGAGGGACGGCAGGUUCUGACUCACCUGGUGGAGGGGUUCGUCAUCCAGGAGGGGCUCCAACCGUUUCCUGUGAACCGCUCGUCCCUGCUGGUCCCGGAGCAGGUGACCAAACCGCAGGAGGUGAACGGGACCAACGGCAGAGCGGCGUUACCUGUGACGGACACGAUAAAACAAGCGGAGCACUCCACUGACUCGGACGAAGAGGACGGAGGAGACACGGACGACCCCGGGAGCAGGUCUGGUCACAGGGACCGAACGGUGCUGCACUGCCAGUUCUGCGGGAAAAGAGGCCACGCACACAACUUCAUGCGGUCCAAACGCUUCUGCUCCACUUCCUGUGCGCGCGGGUUUAACGUUCGUCUGACGAAGCGUCUGCGAGCUCUGAGCGCCGGCAGCCGCUCAGAGAGGCCUCGACCGGCUCUGAACAGGGCAGAGUCGGUGCCUGGGAAACCUCUGUUACUGCGGCUGCCUCGUGACCUGUGGAGCGCCGGGCGGCGUGAGAAGGAGGGGAAGGAGAAGGCGGCGGCGGCAGAGGAGGAGGAGGAGGAGGACAUGGAGGGAGGAGGCGAGGAGGAGGACGACGACGGAGGAGAGGAGGAUCCCGCCGUUGCCAUGACAGCGAGGAUGGAGCGUCGGGCGGCUCGCAGAGCGAGGAGGGCGUCCGCGCCCGCCAUGACCACCUCCACGCCCACGACCACGUUCAAACCGGCGCCGUCUCAGUGGAGCGUGGAGGACGUCACCGCCUUCAUACACACACUGCCAGGCUGCAGUGACGUGGCCGAGGCUUUCCGGCUGCAGGAGAUCGACGGCCAGGCUCUGCUGCUGCUGACCGAGGACCAUCUGAUGACCAGCAUGAACAUCAAACUGGGACCGGCUCUCAAGAUCUGUGCUCACAUCAAUGCACUGAAGAACCAAUGAAAGAGAGAGAGGAAAGUCUGGGUGAGGGAAAACAGGCAAUAAAGACGAGGAGGAGGAGGGAACAGAAAUUAGUUUGGAAACAAAAAGCUGACACCAAGGACGACAGAACAAAGUCACAAAAAGAGAUUGAGGGUAAUUUAUGAGAGCAUGAAGAUACCAGAGUCCAGACGUAAACCAGUGAUCAUUUCAUCCGUUUCGGGGCCCUCCGACUGUAGCAGGAGACCGGGGGGGUUUUGUAACUUUGUGUAUAUUUUACAUGCCGCUGGAGAGUGUAAAUUUGAAGCUAUUUCACGAAGGAUUUUGAACAUUUAAUAUAUAAAAUUUGUCUAUUUAGUUUUUUUAGAACGUGACGUCAAUGACAAAUCUAUCCAGUAGCUAACAUAACCGGUGUGUGUACAAGAAAAAAAGAAUAAUAACAACACGUAGACUUUGUAAGUGAUUAAUGAAAGUUUAAUGUUUUAUAUCACUAUAUUCUGGACAAAAACAUGUCUGUGGAUUAAAAAAGUCACUAUCA